GGUGAGCAGCUUUCGUAAGUUGACACCUACUUCUUCAUAUGACAUGUCAUGUGGAGGAGGUCUUUUUGCAUGUUUGUGGAUAUCAUUGCCGCUCUGUUAACGCCAGUCUGGCAGGGGACAGUAACACGAGGCCACGAGGAGCUGAUGCAGUGUGUAAAUUAAACAGGUCCUCGGAUUGCUGUCCCUGUACCUUGUUUUUUCUUUCCUUGUGAUGUUUUACCUAAUUGAAGGGAAAGUUGUGCUUCUGCAGUGUUUACCAUGUGGGUUUUAGUGUAAGUGAAGAGGCAGUGUACUUGUAGUUUUAUGUGUGGCUGCAGUCUCAGACAGCUGGUUGUAAAAAGGCUGACAUCUAACCUUGCUACCGUGCAGCUAGGAUCAGGGGGCUUUGGAGCCACACCACCCUCUUUAGAUGGAUGGGUUAACAGCAGCUUUUGGCCCAGUAGUGUCCUGUAAGGGUCAGUGCCAAGACCACUUCAAAUGUGCAAACCAUAAUCCCCCCCUGACAUUAAUAUUUUCAGAUGGAAGCAAGCAGGGAGCAUGGUGGGGGGUGGCAAUGUAAGCAAGGUCUUUUUGGCUGGCCUUGUUUCAUGCUGGCAGUGGUGAUAGACACUAAAGCCAUUACUCAUGGUGCAGGCAUGUCCAGAAUGUAUUCUUAGCCCCUGUCUUCCUAUCAGUCACUACAGAAAGGUUGGAGGGUCAAAAAAUAAAGAGGUAACCAGUCUGCAGGGCUGUCUGCACCGCUGCUGUUUACCAGGGAGGGGGUGAUAUUUUAAACCUGGGAGAGCUCACAUAUUUACCCCACUCAGCCUGACUGACUUGCCAUUUGGUGGGGUGAAGACACUGGAGACCACUCAUAGAGGACAGAAGAGGCAAAGAGAGAAGCUCUUUAGUUACUACUUGAUAAGCAAGUAGCUUGCAGCUUUUACAAACAGAAACCAGUCCAGAGAAGAAGAGAGAUUAUCAAAACAAAAGAAGACUGAGUUAAAGACACAGUUUGAGGAUAAAGGCGAGGACAGAGGGAAAGACACUUGUGGGAGGUGAGAGGUAGCCAGGCUGAGCUGACUUUCCCCCAGAGGAGGAGUUGCAGUUGCCGGCCAGGGCAGGUCCCAGGGCCGGCAGGGCUGGUCCUACUGCUUCUCCACCUCCUUUCCUUCCUCCUCUUACUCCUCCUUCUCCUCCCUUUAACUAUCAACCAAACUGCUGUGCAGUGAUGAACUUACAGGCAGAGGCCAUGAGCAACACAGGAAUGCUUAGAAAAUCCUGCCAAAUGAACUUCUUUGCCUCAAGUGAGGGGAAACUCCAGAGGUUGAGCCUUCCAUAGGAGGACCUCCACAGCAGUACAGACUGUCACCUUUUGUCUUCUCGUCCAUUUUUGUUGCACUCACUGGUUGAGUGCACUGAAAGACUGAGGGGAUUUUUUAUAUCCUUUUUUUUCCUCCAUUUUUGUUUUUGUAAACCGUAACAGUGGCAACCUUUUCAGUAGCACGGUGCAAGGACCAGCUCCACUCACCGAAGAUGAGCCGGUGGCUGAAAUGCACCUCCAUGCACUUUAACACAGACUGGAACAAGUAUGAUGAUCGGCUGAUGAAGGCGGUGGAACGUGGCGAGGUGGACAAAGUGGCUGCUGUUCUUAGCAAGAAGGGCAUCAUACCCACCAAGCUUGACGUGGAAGGACGCUCUGCGUUUCAUCUGGCUGCAACGCGAGGACACCUAGACUGUCUCAAUCUCAUCCUGGGACACAGCGUUGAUAUCACUGCCACUGAUGCCACUGGUAAAAACGCUCUUCACCUCUCCUCAAGAAAUGGACAUUCUCUGUGUGUGCAGAAGCUCUUGCAGCACAACUGUCCAGUUGGAAACGUGGACCUACAAGGAAGAACGGCUCUACAUGAUGCUGUCAUGGCAGGCUGCUCCUCCAGUGUGAAACUUCUCUGUGACAGUGGGGCUUCUGUGAAUGCCAGUGAUUUUGAUGGCAGGACACCUCUGGUGCUGGCAACCCAGAUGUGUCACCCACGCAUCUGUCAGCUGCUGCUGGAGCGAGGGGCUGAUAUCACCGUCCGGGACAAACAAAACAAGACAGCGCUGAUUCUGGGCUGCGAGUAUGGCUGUAAGGACGCAGUGGAGGUGCUGCUGAAGAGUGGCUCUGACGUAAAGGCAGUUGACGGCCUGGGUCAUGAUGCAUUUCACUAUGCUCGCCUCAGCAAGAGCCCGGAGCUUGUUGCGAUGGUCAAAAGUUACCUUGAGAAAGCCACCAGAGAUAAAGAGGCAGCAAAGAUUGAACAGUGGAAGCGGCAGCAUUCAGUAGAGAGAUCAGAGGCAGCUGAGGCUAACAGAAGGGAUCAGAUCAUCCAUGACUUGGAGAGGCAGAACGAGACCCUACAGGAAAGUCUCAGGAAAUACCAACAGGAGCAGAGAGCCCUGUUAGAUAAGGUCAACUUGCUACAGCAACAGCUCACACAGGAAAAGAUAACUGUCGACGACACUCAAAAAGAGAAAGAGCAGUUGAAGGUUUUACUCAGCGCCAAAGAAAGAGAUGACGGGGCUCGGGGCCUGGAGACUGUCAAGGUCCAGCUCCGGAGUACUUUGGGCGACUACUCUGGGCAGUCUGUUAUCAAAGGCAAAGAAAAUGCUUUGGUCAAACAAGCUCACAGCCUCGAUUCUGAUCAGAUGCUGCAAAAUAGUGCCAUAUCACGUACACUGUCCAGACCUGCAGAGAAGAGUCAGCCCACUGUAGGCUGGGACCUCUCCAAAGAGCUGGAUGGACUCCGACAUGAACAUGAAGCAGUCAAGAGAAGACAACAGGCAGCGGAGGAAGAGACGGCACGGCUUCAAUCUGCCCUGAACCGUAAAAACCGAGAGUGCCAAGAGCUUGUUCAGAGCCGAGACACCAUCCAGAAACAGGCUGACCAGCAGGUUCAAGAGCUUGAGGACGCCUUGGGCGACGUCCAGAAGAGGAUGCUGGAUUCUGAGUGUAAGGUGAAACAGCUGCAAGCCCAUGUAGUUGCUGUUAAAGAACACUUAGGAGGCCAGGCGACAGAAGAACUGCGGGCCCAGCUCCAGGAUAUCAAGGCCAAGUAUGAAGGUGCUUCAGCCGAAGUGGGUCGUGUUCGCAAUCGCCUCAAACAGAGCGAGAAGGCCUUGGAGGAGUACAAGAACAGCGAGAGCCAGCUGGCAGCUGAGGCAGAAAGGCUGAAUCAAGACCUGGGAGCUCUGACUGCAGAAAGAGAUGAACUAGCAGAAACCCUUUUAGAAAUGGAAACCCAGUUGAAGGAGGCCCAGACUAAACAUGGCAACACAGUACCAGCUGAGAAGUUUGACAACAUGAAAAACCUGCUGACCAAUGCAGUUGAUGAGAAGGAACGUCAGCUUGCUGAGCUGAGGGAAGACUAUGAUCGUGUGCUGGAGGAGGUGGCUGAGCUCCAUCGAAAGCUGGACAGUCCGUCAUCACAGGGAGGAUCAGCUGUGAUGGCAGCUGAGGAGCAGCAGAGGAUACGGGCUGCCCUCGAAGAGCAGAAUGCUUCAUUGAAAAGGAAACUGGUCGAUUUGACUGCUAAAAGCCAGGCUCUAAUUCGUGAGGUCGAGGAUAGUGAGGAGGAAAGAGAUAUACUACGAGAGCAGCUGGAGGAGUUCAACAGCAGAAUUGAGAUCGACUUUAUACCCAUAAAGGAUCACGAGGAUGCCCGGAGGCACAUGGUAAGCGCUUUGGAGGAGCUGGAGGACAAACUGGUGGAAGCAAGCGAGCGUUAUGGAAAAGCAGAGGCACAAGUCCAGCAGCUUUCAACUGAGAGGGCUAUGCUGCAGGAGAAUAUUAGCAGUUUCCAAACUUCUACUGAGAGUGAACUGGACGCUCUGAGGUCUCAGAAUGCCGACCUGAUGAAGAAACUCGAACUUUUGCAGAGGAGAGGUGAAGACCGAGACAAAGAGUAUGUGCAGCUGACCACACAGAACCAGACUCUGAAACAGAGCUUGGAGGGAGAGUAUGUUCCCAGACAGCAGCAUGAGCAAGUGAAGAUGGAGUUAAGUUCCACCUUAGAGAGUGUCAAAGCUAAGAUGUUGAAGUUGGAGACCAAGGAAAAAGAAAGUGGGGAAGAAUUUAAGAAUGUGAAAGAAGAAAAUGAUAAGUUGAAAGAAAAGUUGGAAAAAGUCUUGUUGGAGAUAAACAAAGACUGUAUAAGCAUAAAAGACCACAAAGCUACCACAGACAAGUUGAAUGCUGCUGUGGUUGAGGCAGAGAACAGAGUAAACGAAGUGUCAGCAAUGUAUGUGUCUGCUCAGGAGGAAACAGUAAAGCUUACCCAAGAACUGGAGGCUCAGAAGAAAGAACUUGAUACAAUACAGGAGGCAAUUCAGUCUAAGUUUAUCCCACUGACAGCGGCUGAGGAAAAAGAACACUCCUACAUUGCCAAGGUGAAGGAGUUGACAGUCAAGCUGUUGGAAAUGGAAGAGAAGUAUAACAAAGAAAGAUCUGCAGGAGAAGGCGACAAACAGGAGAAAGAAAAACUAAAAGUUGAGAUUGAAUCUGUUCAACAGAGACUAGACUCUGCUCUAGUUAGUAGUGAAAAGUACAAGAAUGUCGAGGAAGAGUUCAAGGGUAAAUUAGAGGAAUUAACUCAGAAGUUGGUCAGCUUAGAGCAGCAGCACAAGGAGGUAACACUUCAGAAAGCUGAUCUUCAAGACCAGAAUGCCCUCUGCAAUAGUCAGAUCCAGAAUCUCCAGGAGCGUCUGAAAUCAGAGCUGAUUCGGAUAGCAACGUAUGACACAGAGCUUCAAGCCCUCCAUGAUGCCAUGCAGCAAGCACAGGCCGACUGCAAGAAAGCAAGAGAGACUCAACAGGAGGAGGCCCAGAGGGUUUGUGCCUUACAGAAAGAACUGCAGGAACGCCACAAGGAUCAGACGUCUCUGCUGCAACAACAGGCCAACUCCAACGAAGCCCUGGAGGCUGAAGUCGCUAAGCUCCGAAUGGCUCUCCAAGAAGAAGAGGAGAACAACGCCCAGAGGGCUGAAGACGUAUCUGCCCUGCAAUCCGAGCUGCUUCAAGCCACACAGGCUCUCGAGGAAAUUCGCUAUAAGGAAGACCAAAUGAACCAGCUGAAGAAGGAGAAGCAGCAGCUGGAGGAGGAGGCUGCCAACCUGAACAACAAGCUUUUGAGUUUAGUAAAGAAAUGUGAAGAGGCCCAUCAGGAGUCAACGCAAGCAAGGGAAGGUGAGAGCCGGGCCAGGACGGAGAUGGAGGCUGUAAAGGAGAAGGGACGUGGUAUUGAAAGAGAAAUUACAGAGCUGAAGGAGAGAUAUGAUGAGUCACUCAGCACCAUCUGUGACCUUCAAAGGAGGAUUCAGACAUCAGCUCAGCAGACUGAAGCCAAAGACAAGAAGAUCACAGAGUUGCUGACAGAUGUUGAGCGAUUGAAGCAGGCACUGAAUGGUCUGUCACAGCUGGCAUACACAAGCAAUACGCCCAAUAAGAGACAGACGCAGCACAUUGACACACUUCAAGCCCAGAUCAAGAGCCUACAGCAACAGCUGGCUGAUGCUGAGAGGCAACACAGGGAGGUGGUUUCAAUUUAUCGAACUCAUCUACUCAGUGCAGCACAGGGCCACAUGGAUGAGGACGUCCAGGCCGCCUUACUACAGAUCAUCCGUAUGAGACAGGAGUUUGUGUGUUAAAGCUUCCUCCGACAAAACAAAAUGCUACCUGCUGACUCAAGUUCACCAUUCUCACAUCUCCCCCCGCAGAGUCCCCCUGUUGUGGCCCCUGUGGGCGCCGUGUGUGUGUGUGUGUGUGUGUGUGUGUGUGUGUGUGUGUGUGUGUGUGUGUGUGUGUGUGUGUGUGUGUGUGUGUGUGUGUGUGUGUGUGUGUGUGUGUGUUG